CUAUCAGUGUUUUCGAGUCACGUUCGUUUCAGAAUGUCUGUCAACGGCCACACUGAUAUUUACAUACACCUUAAAACAAGUAGAUCUUGGCCAACGUACGCGAAGUUCCGUCCAAGUGUUAAAUUCCACACGGAGGUGGAAUUGUAAACAAUAUUUCCUCGGGAGCUUGGUUCAGGAUACUACGCAGGGGUUGUUUCUGCGUCACACAUGGUGGCGUCACGGACUUUUUUCCACAAGGUCAACACGGCAGGUCUUCCCAGAACUCAGACUGGCAACGUCAUGUGAGCAACUGAAGACGACUUCGGAGUUUUCAGUUGAUUCUUCAAAGUUCGAGUAUAUUUCAGCACUGCUGCCUAGCAAUUGUGUUUCUGUGGGAACCUGCGACAACUGACAGCAGGACGUGAAUUUAUAUACCACGAUGAGAUUAGUGACAGCCAUUCUGUUCUUGCUGCCGGCACUGGGCGUGACGUCAUCGGCAAACAAUAACUACUACGCCACGUGCGCGUCAGAUCCAGCAGUGGGCGCGCUCACCAGGCGACGUGCAGGGAAGGCGAAAGGUCAGGUCUCGUCCGCCGCCAGGCUCAGGUGCCGGAUUGGCUGCACGCGCAUGCUGAGUCCAGUCUGCGGCAGUGACGGCACGACGUACGGCAACGAGUGCGCCCUUUGCGCCGCGGCCUGCAGGGAGCAUUCACUGUACCUGGCCUGCCGAGGGGAAUGCCCCUGCCCGCUGGCUACCGAUACAGGGCGCGGCGACAUCGGACUGGCCGCCGAUGGCAAUGCCGUAACUGAUGUCGAGGGGGGCAUGGCGGCCGUACCGUCGCAGAAUAUCGAACAACAACAACAACAACAACAACAACAGCCGGUUCAGGUUUCAGCAAGACAAGAAGUUUCAUCACCGCGGAAGAGACCAAAGAAGCUCAAAAAGAAUCACAAACAAGUGAUUGUCAUCACUAACAUCGACUUGACUGUGACAUCGGGCGCCGUCACCGCCGGCACCCUCAACCACGUCACCCUAGACCUGCACGCCGACGUGGCCCCCGAAAGCAACCGGGUCAGCCGGUCCGCUCUCUGGCAGGUAGAGCUGUACCACAAGGGCCGCGGCAAGUCACCGAGACAAGGCCUAGUCAAUCCGUACCUCGACCCGAACCAGUCCCAGGCAUCACUGGACGUAGGGCAGCCGUUGGACAUCCGGGACAUCGAGUACCAACUGGACCUGAGCGACAAGACCUGCGCAGACGCCGCCCGGAUCUGCAGCCAUUUGAAGCAACAGAAGACCGGGAAACGGAGGGCAAAGGUCAUUGGCAAGCCGACGGGGAGCGUGCUGCGCCGCUGCGUCAAAUUGAAGUGCCGGGCUGCUGCUGGCUCUGGUCGUCAGUAAGAACUAAGGACCAGUAAUUGCAUGAGGCUGCAAAGAACCAGCCAAAGGCAAUAUUAUAAAUAACAUGAAACAUUUUUAUGGUAACCUAUCUUGCAAAGCAGAACUUGAAAAUCGAAUUCUUUGUGCUUAGUAGCCUACCUUAAUAACAUCUUCCUGAAAUUGCCCAGAAAUAGACUUGCCUCUAAAUGAGUACGAACUACUUCACUCUUUCCCAGCCUCGCGAGGCCUGAGGUUCAACAUCCUCACUGAAUAAGGCGAAGAUGGGAUGAGAGAGUUGAUAUUUUAUAGGCCAUUGGGGCGUUGUAUAUAUAACAUGCACCCUGACACAUAAAUGCGUGAUAUAAAUUGCUAAUUUUCUAGCGAUGAGUUAUUAAGUUUUGUCCACGACAUGAACCUCAAUUAAAAACGUUUAUGCAUGAAAGCUUCAUUUACACUGUAUACCAACAGGCUAUUAAUUAUUAAAGCCUUCUUUCUAUUUAAGAGUGUAUUCAGUUCAUUGUGUACUCUUUGCAAGUAUAUAGGGCCAACUAUAAUGGACAAACAACGACCUGAAAACGAAUUUACCGAAGAGCAUAUUAUAACAAGCAGGCACUAUGCAAUUACAAAUAGGACAAAAUUACAAACACUCAAAAAGGGAUUUCCAGGCUGUUUCCAGUUAUCGAAAUUGGACCGUCUUGAACAUCGGCUUUUUUAUUUCAAAAGCGUCAUAAGAGGCCAGUUAUAAUGGAUAAUAGCGCAUGUAUAUUAUAGUGUUGAUUUUUUCACGUCUUCACGGGAUUUCUUUGGAAGGCCGUUUCUUACAUGCUUUUUUUCCAAAAAAAAAAUUGCAUGAAAUAUUAAAUACCUUAAACUCGAUGAUGCAAUACGUUUCCAUGUAGAUGUAAAUAAACCUCUUUGUUUGCUGUAUUGGUUUUCUUUUUCUUUUCUUUUCGAAGUUAUUUGUUUAUUAUGUUAAUAGAUUUUCCAGAAUUCAUACAUGGCUUAUUUUUUUUUUUUUUUUUUUUUUUGAAACGUACAAACCGAUAUUUACAUUUUUACAGCAUAUUGAUAAUAUUGUAAAACUGCACAAUUUUUUGUUAAACGUAAGGUAAAACUCUUUCAAUAAAUUAGUGAAUAUAUUCAUUUGAAAAGAAUGGUAUUGUAGAUGUGUAACUAGAUUCGAUUUGUUGUUUUAGAAAAGUCUUGAAUUUCGGUCAAGAAGGAGUGCAGGAAAAGGCUGGUUUGACAACUUUGUUGAUCGAAUUCGGUAAAAUCAUAAGGUUGAUCCACAUUCGGACACAUUAUUUCGACCA